GUGGUGUGUGGCUGAUGCAGGGUGGGCAGGUCAAUGAGAGGAUCCAUGCAGGUGCAUUGGCCAAGAGGACGCUAGCGGUACUACUUAAGCUCGCCCCUCCGACUCUCGACCUUCCCCAUCUUCAACUUAUGAAUCGCGUCGAACAGCCUUUCCUUUCUUCCACCUCUUCGAACUUUCAAAACAAUGGCCGAGACUUGUAUAGUCUGCCUCGGCGAUCUCGUCCACCCAGACGAAGGUCGUCCCGCCACCGAGGUGCCAUCAGCGACCGAAUCGCUUGCGGAUGGGGCUGAUGCCAAUCCUGGUAACCCUGACACGUUCACUACGACAGCUUUAGAACAACCAAAAGAUGAUGAGAUGGUUGCACACCUGUUACCAUGUGGUCACAACUUACACAACGAAUGCCUCAAACCCUGGGUGGAGAGAGCCAACAGCUGUCCGAUAUGCCGAGCCAGCUUCAAUAUGGUCGAGCUCAGUGCGCGCGUAGGAGGUCCCAAGCUAUCCGAAUAUGCUGUCAAAGAUAGGCAACAAGUCGCCGACAUCGACCCUUCCAUGAUCGUCGAUGAGGACUACGCACUUGAGGAUGACGGAAGCUAUGACGCAUGCAUGGUCUGUGAUGAGUUUGGCGACGCAUCACAGCUUAUGUUCUGCCACAGCUGUGAGCAACUUUGCCACGUUUUCUGUGCUGGCCUGGACGAGAUGCCGACACGCGGCGCCUGGUAUUGUCAAGGCUGCAUCGAGAACCCAGCUCUCCUUGAAGCAGCAACCCGCCGACGUACCAACCCUCGAGGUCCUGCAGCCUGGAUCAAUGGACGCAGUCGCGUACCUCGACACAACCGAGCUCCAGACGAAUGGGUUGGGGUGUGGCAGAGCGUCUGGAAUCGACUGCAAUGGGACAUUGACUUUCCUUUCGAAGAUGAGGAUCAGUCAGAGAAUCAAUCCGAAGUUCUCAGACGCGAGGCACACGAAUGGGAGCGACGCUUCGAGCUUGCUCGCCAGAUGGGUGCAGGCACUCGCUUUCGCGCUGUCGCCGACAACAUCCACUCGCGUCGCCGAGGCUCGAACCGAUCCGCACGACCAACGAACCGAUCACUUCAUCGCGAACCACCCAAGACACCCAGAGACCCUGAGUCACAAGAGGAGAUCAGCGCUUGGAAUCAAUUUGAAAAGGCACGAAACCAACUUGCGCAGUUGGGAGACGUCCCGGCGCCACCUGAGAGCACCACCAGCAGCCGACGAGGGCGCAAGCGAAAGUCUGCGGACUCAUCACCUGCUGGCGCCGAGCCUGUUGAGCAACAACCAGAGCGCAAGCUGAAACGCCCGCGAACGCGCCUACACAUCGACAAUGGAAGGGGUGAAUCGUCCACCGCGGCAGCCCGCCGCAGCACUGUCACUCAUGAAGGCGGCCAAGAACCAGCUACAUCACCACCAGCAGGCGAGUCAUCAACUGCUCCCGGCUUUCUCGCUUCUCUAUUACAGGAAGUCGAGGUCGACCGCUUUGCCGAACGCGACAAAGAGAUCGCCGCCCCACAGCCCAAGCGCAUCAUUGUGGAGCGAGCGUGCUCACCCCAGCACUCGUCUCCCGGCCUAUCCCCGGUGUACCAACAACCUCGUGCUGGCAUGACCACACCGCCGCCCCUCAACCUCACACGUCCCAAGUCACCCGUGGAACAGGACCAGGGAUCGCCGACAUAUUCUCCGUACUCACCGGCCGAUGAUGAGCGAGUCGGUCGUCGCAGGCUAACGCACCGCACCGCCGGCCUCAGCAGCCCGCCCCGGUCAAAGGACUCGUCACCCUCUCGACCGCCAACGCUCUCGUACUCAACCAAGGCUGAGCUGCAACGCAUGGUCACUGCUGUUCUGAAGCCAUUGUACCUGAAGAAGGAAGUCACUAAGGAGGAGUAUACUGACAUCAAUCGUGACGUCUCACGCUUGCUGUACGACAAGGUCGGUGAUGCUGGCGCGGCUCCUUUGGCAGAUCAGGAGACCAGGGAGAAGUGGCAGCGCAUGGCGAGUGACGAGGUUGAUUGUGCCAUCAAAGCUUUGCGCACUGCUGGCGUAGUAGCACUUUCGCCUGCCGCCGAGGACUCUGCAUCGUCCUCGUCAUGAUAGCGUUUCGUGAUUUUGUUCUGCUUGUUUAGCGCUUUGGGAUAUGGCGCAUAGGUGGCAUCGAGAUACCAUGGGAUAUGGCGUUAUUGUACCGUAGAUCAUGUUUUACGAUGGUUGGAGAUGAAUGACAUCUCGUAUGGCUCCCCCGAGGGCUCUCAAUGCUACCACCCUUUUCCGUAACGGACUACUGAUAAGUACUGUCCUACGAACGUUUAUAUCCCCUUUGAUAUCCUAACCAUCCGACAAGAAUAUCGAACGCAUGUUCCCAGUCCAUCCCUCAUCUCUUAACGCAGUGGCAUCGAAGAG